GAAGCGGUAGGGCGGAGCCACAGAUCGUGCCUUGCGUUUUAAACAUGAAUCCCGCUUUACAGUUGUCAAUCGCUGUAAAGAUGUUUCAGGAGGAACAUGAGUUUAUUGUAAUCGAUCUGAAGAAAACGUAUAGUGUUGAUUAAAGAUUUUUUUAAUACGGUCGUGAUGCAAAGUGAAGGUGGUGAGGCGGAAAGUGGUAGUGGUCGCAAGGCGUUACGAACGCCGAAGUGCGCGCGUUGCAGGAACCACGGGGUGAUUUCGUGCCUGAAGGGACACAAGAGGUUGUGUCGCUGGAGGGACUGCCGCUGUCCCGGCUGCUUGCUGGUACUAGAGAGACAGAGGGUCAUGGCGGCUCAGGUCGCACUCCGGAGACAGCAAGGCGCGGGCAGCGCGGAGUCCCGGGACGGUGAGGCGGCGGCGCUGGCGGCCCGCAAGCGCGCCUACCGCGCGCGGCUGCGCUGCAUGCAGAUGGCCAAGUCCUACUCAGUACAGCCGCAGCAUUUUGGUAACACUCGGUUGAUAAAUGGUGAUCCAACAUGGACAGAGCGUGUGCGACGUCGCAGAGCUUUCGCAGACGCGGAGUUGGACCGCGGGUCUGCGCCCGCGCCCCUGACGCCCCCCAUCCUGGCCGACGCGGUGCCCCCCGCGAUAUUCUGCCGCCAUCUUCUCGCCGCUUUGCUGACAAACUACGCCCCGGUUCCACCGAAACCUCAGCGCCCACAGAAGCUAUCAUUUUCUAUUGAAUCCAUUAUUGGUGUUCAAUAAAUCGUUCACUUAGCAUAAGAACUGCUACCAAAGUUUACACUCGUACCAGGUUUCUUCUUAAAUAACAAUUAGUGUGUAUUUAAUUACAAAGAUAUCUAUAACAAAACGUCAACGGAAAAUUAAAUCAGGACAGAUUGCUUUUUUCAUUUCCUGAUAUCAGUUUUAAUGUUAUCAAAUAGCUAAAGGAUCUGUGCCAUAGUAAUAGUUAUAUAC